CACCUGCCUUGUCCGCCAACUAACCACGAAAGCAAAUCAAUGGAAGUAUGUGGCUUGCUUGAAAAUCAGCUACAUUCUUCAAGGUGUAUGCACACGUGCCCACUUGGAUCGCACGCACGGUGUUCACCGAAGAUGCCAGAUGCCGCAAUGAGGAUAGGUGGCGGGGGGAUGGAGUAGGGACUAGCGAACUGCACCAGCAAUUCAGAAAUAGAUGAAAUUAAUUACAUUGACAUCAGUACUUUGAAAGCAGUCUUUGGAUUCGAAGUCAAAGAAUAAUGUGAUGUUAAAAGCAUCCAGAGGAUGAUUGAAGAAUGGAACUGGAAGGCUUUGGUUGGACUCUUGGCUUCAGGUUUUUCCACCCUUUGUCAGCUGGUUGGAAUACAGCUAUGUGUGCAGAUAAUAAGAAAAGGGGCAACAGAUCUCAUGUCACCAGUACCAUUCAUAGCAUUUUUCGUUGGUGCAUGUCUGUGGACAAAGUAUGGCCUCAUGCAAAAUGAUGCUAACCUGGUGCUGUCUAAUAUCUUUGCAUUACUGCUGCAACUUGUGUACAUAGGUGUAUUUUAUGUAUACACCAUCAAGAAGAGUCACUUUUAUAGGCUAUUGACAGUGGGAGCAGUCAUACUCUUUUUGCCUUUAAUUUACGUUCAGUACUUUGAAAAUGAUCCAGCUGUUGGAGUACAUCAUCUGGGGCUCGUGUGCUGCUGUAUGUCUGUCUGCUGCACUGGUUCUCCACUGGCUACCUUGAGAGAUGUACUUCGCACAAAAAGCACAGAAUCGAUGUCUUUCCUUCUCUGCUUCUUCAAUUUUGUGGCUGCUCUGGCAUGGUUUGUGUAUGGCUUGUUGCUGAAAGAUUCCUUCAUUAUUAUUCCCAACAUAAUUGGUGGAAUUUUAGGACUGACUCAGGUAAUAUUGUUCUGCAUUUAUCCGACAUCACUUGUCCUCCAGAAACCUACUGAUGCAGUCUUAACAAUUUAACCUUUUAUUCAAGCUGAUGAUAUCUUCAUCAGAACAGAAUGUAGUAGUUUUUUACUACCUAAAAAAUAGUAUGGGUUUUUCCAUUGGAUGUUACUGUUAUUUAAGCAGCCAUGCCUUAUAUUGCUGUAUUGUUUAUAUUCCAAAAUAUGUCAUAAUUUUGUUAAUCUUGAGCCUCAGAAGUUCUGAGAAAAAUUGUCUUGUUAUACAAACAGCAAAACAAAAUGUUUCAUAAAAUUAAGAGUUAACUGAUUUUUUUUUUUUUUUGUUUUUUUUGAAAAGGGAUACAGUCGAAUCUCUCUACUAUGCCACCCCGCUACUAUGCCACUCUC